GGACAUCUGUCUCUGUGUCUCUCUAGUUGAGUUGUGGUCAUCAUUGUAAGGACCUGUGUCACCCAGGACAUUGUGAGGAUAAAUGUUCCCACAGGGUCAAACUGAAGUGUCCCUGCAAGAGGAUUAAAAAGGAGCUGCUGUGUUAUAAAAGCAGAGAGGACCAGACUCAGGUGGACUGUAAUGAAUCAUGUAAAGCCCUACGGAGAAAGGCCGACGAGGUGAAAGAAGCAGAAGAGAAUGCAGCCCUGGAGGAAGACAGGAAGAAACAUCAGGCUGAGUUGGAAGCCUUUGAGAAGCGUCAGAAGGGCAGACGUAAGAAGCGAGGGAAGAGAGGAGAGGAAGAGGAGGAGGCGGAGGGUGGUUGGAGGAGGUAUAGAGCGGUGGUCAUGGUGUCUCUGGGUGGAGUUCUACUGUCUGCUGUCGCUUUCUAUCUCAUACAAAUGGGUUAGACACAGACACACACACACACAGACACUCUACCUGGUUCAGAUGAUGUUAAGAUCAUACAGCUGUCUACAGUAGAAGCAGAGGAGAGAGGACGGGUCUGAAAUGGAACCCUAUUAGAAUGGGUCUGAAAUGGAACCCUAUUAGGACGGGUCUGAAAUGGAACCCUAUUAGAACGGGUCUGAAAUGGAACCCUAUUAGAACAGGUCUGAAAUGGAACCCUAUUAGGAUGGGUCUGAAAUGGAACCCUAUUAGAAUGGGUCUGAAAUGGAACCCUAUUAGAAUGGGUCUGAAAUGGAACCCUAUUAGAAUGGGUCUGAAAUGGAACCCUAUUAGAAUGGGUCUGAAAUGGAUCCCUAUUAGAAUGGGUCUGAAAUGGAACCCUAUUAGAAUGGGUCUGAAAUGGAUCCCUAUUAGAAUGGGUCUGAAAUGGAACCCUAUUAGAAUGGGUCUGAAAUGGAACACUAUUAGAACGGGUCUGAAAUGGAACCCUAUUAGAAUGGGUCUGAAAUGGAACCCUAUUAGAAUGGGUCUGAAAUGGAUCCCUAUUAGAAUGGGUCUGAAAUGGAACCCUAUUAGAAUGGGUCUGAAAUGGAACCCUAUUAGAAUGGGUCUGAAAUGGAACCCUAUUAGAACAGGUCUGAAAUGGAACCCUAUUAGAAUGGGUCUGAAAUGGAACCCUAUUAGAAUGGGUCUGAAAUGGAUCCCUAUUAGAAUGGGUCUGAAAUGGAUCCCUAUUAGAAUGGGUCUGAAAUGGAACCCUAUUAGAACGGGUCUGAAAUGGAACCCUAUUAGAACAGGUCUGAAAUGGAACCCUAUUAGAAUGGGUCUGAAAUGGAACCCUAUUAGAAUGGGUCUGAAAUGGAACCCUAUUAGAAUGGGUCUGAAAUGGAACCCUAUUAGAAUGGGUCUGAAAUGGAUCCCUAUUAGAAUGGGUCUGAAAUGGAACCCUAUUAGAAUGGGUCUGAAAUGGAUCCCUAUUAGAAUGGGUCUGAAAUGGAACCCUAUUAGAAUGGGUCUGAAAUGGAACCCUAUUAGGACGGGUCUGAAAUGGAACCCUAUUAGAACGGGUCUGAAAUGGAUCCCUAUUAGAAUGGGUCUGAAAUGGAACCCUAUUAGGAUGGGUCUGAAAUGGAUCCCUAUUAGAAUGGGUCUGAAAUGGAACCCUAUUAGAAUGGGUCUGAAAUGGAACCCUAUUAGAACGAGUCUGAAAUGGAACCCUAUUAGGACGGGUCUGAAAUGGAACCCUAUUAGAAUGGGUCUGAAAUGGAACCCUAUUAGAAUGGGUCUGAAAUGGAACCCUAUUAGAAUGGGUCUGAAAUGGAACCCUAUUAGAACGGGUCUGAAAUGGAACCCUAUUAGAAUGGGUCUGAAAUGGAACCCUAUUAGAACGGGUCUGAAAUGGAACCCAAUUAGGACGGGUCUGAAAUGGAACCCUAUUAGAAUGGGUCUGAAAUGGAUCCCUAUUAGAAUGGGUCUGAAAUGGAACCCUAUUAGAAUGGGUCUGAAAUGGAACCCUAUUAGGACGGGUCUGAAAUGGAUCCCUAUUAGAAUGGGUCUGAAAUGGAUCCCUAUUAGAAUGGGUCUGAAAUGGAACCCUAUUAGAACGGGUCUGAAAUGGAACCCUAUUAGAACGGGUCUGAAAUGGAACCCUAUUAGGACGGGUCUGAAAUGGAACCCUAUUAGAACGGGUCUGAAAUGGAACCCUAUUAGAAUGGGUCUGAAAUGGAACCCUAUUAGAAUGGGUCUGAAAUGGAACCCUAUUAGGACGGGUCUGAAAUGGAACUCUAUUAGAAUGGGUCUGAAAUGGAUCCCUAUUAGAAUGGGUCUGAAAUGGAUCCCUAUUAGAAUGGGUCUGAAAUGGAACCCUAUUAGAAUGGGUCUGAAAUGGAACCCUAUUAGAACGGCUCUGAAAUGGAACCCUAUUAGAACGGGUCUGAAAUGGAACCCUAUUAGAACGGGUCUGAAAUGGAACCCUAUUAGAAUGGGUCUGAAAUGGAACCCUAUUAGAAUGGGUCUGAAAUGGAACCCUAUUAGAAUGGGUCUGAAAUGGAUCCCUAUUAGAAUGGGUCUGAAAUGGAACCCUAUUAGAAUGGGUCUGAAAUGGAUCCCUAUUAGAAUGGGUCUGAAAUGGAACCCUAUUAGAAUGGGUCUGAAAUGGAACCCGGUGAACUAUGUUAGACCUCAUAGGGAAUAGGGCAAACAUAUUUAGUCUCAUUAUUACAAGUGAUAUUCUUAUUAUUAACAUUAUUAUUGAUAUGAAUGACCAUUAUUAUUAUUAUCUGAAAUUAUCUGUUAUUAUCUGUUAUCUGAUAUUAUCUGAUAUUAUCUGUUAUUAUCUGAUAUUAUCUGUUAUUAUCUGAUAUUAUCUGAUAUUAUCUGUUGUUAUCUGUUAUUAUCUGUUAUUAUCUGUUAUUAUCUGUUAUUAUCUGAUAUUAUCUGUUAUCUGAUAUUAUCUGUUAUUAUCUGAUAUUAUCUGUUAUUAUCUGAUAUUAUCUGAUAUUAUCUGUUGUUAUCUGUUAUUAUCUGAUAUUAUCUGUUAUUAUCUGAUAUUAUCUGUUAUUAUCUGUUAUUAUCUGAUAUUAUCUGAUGUUAUCUGAUGUUAUCUGUUGUUAUCUGUUGUUAUCUGUUGUUAUCUGAUAUUAUUUGUUAUUAUUUGUUAUUAUCUGAUAUCUGUUAUUAUCUGAUAUUAUCUGUUAUUAUCUGUUGGGGCUGAUCUGAUGAUUGAUGGUACUUUGUUUUGUGUAAUAAAAUUAAAAUAAAAUCUGAAUUUGGAAAUAAUGAA